CGAUGAGUGACCUCAGACAAUGGUUGAAAGCAAAAGUUUCCAUUGUUCAUAAACUUUAAUGUUAUCAUAUUGGGAGCACAAGGAUUGAGAGUGGUUGAACAUGCAGCUGUCACAUAGCAUCAUAGUUUACGUUAGCAUGUCCGCCAUAUAUGCCUAUUGGAGCAAUGUCUGCUAUUCAUUGACAGUUUGUUCCGCGCAUCAACCAGACGUGACGCGUUUCAUGCUUGACAUUAUUACCAGCAGGCCGGCUCUAGAUAGGACUUACAUGUACGUAUUUCGACCGCCGGGAUCAUAUCUUUUGAGGAGAAGUUAAUAAUGGAGGGCCACGUCAAUGCAAAGGAAAGUAUUGGCGAUAAAAGAGAAACUUGGGCGCAUAAGAGAGAAUAUAUUUUGUCUAUGCUUGGCUACAGUGUAGGAUUUGGCACACUCCUGAGAUUCCCCUACCUGUGCAACAGAAAUGGUGGCGGUGCCUUCCUCAUCCCAUAUUUCACUGCAAUCAUCGCAUGCAGUGUUCCGUUGUUCUUCCUGGAGGUGUCCAUCAGUCAGUUUUCCAGCAGGAGUGCCACUCAUGUCUGGGUUCUUUGUCCUUUAUUUAAAGGAAUUGGCAUCUCCCAGAUACUCAGAACUAUUUUUGGAGUCAUACCGGAUGCUCUCAUCAUGACCUGGGUAAUUUACUAUCUGAGCCAAUCUUUCAGAUCUGUAUUGCCCUGGACAACGUGUGACAACUGGUGGAAUACUCCUGUGUGUAUCAAAAGACUCACCAAUGAUUCAUCUUAUGUCUUCUUCAACAGUACUGUGGAACAUCAACUUCUCCACAACGCUGUAUGGAGAAAGCCAAAUUCAACAUUGACUGCCUCGGAGGAGUACUGGCAGUUCAACGCCCUUCGAGUUUCAACUGGAAUAGACAAAUUUGGGACCGUUCAGCCCCACAUGCUUCUCAGUCUCCUGUGUUCCUGGACCAUUGUGUUUCUGUGUUUGAUGAGAGGAGUGCGGUCGGUAGGGAAGGUCGUGUACGUGACCGCUGUGAUGCCGUACAUUCUCCUAACGGUGCUGUUGAUCAGGUCGUGCAUGAUGCCAGGAUCGGUCGAUGGAUUACUUUAUUUUCUUCGUCCAGACUUCUCGCGUCUUGGAUCGGUUCAGGUAUGGCUAGAAGCACUCCUCCAAGCGUUUUAUUCCAUGGGUACAACUUUCGGGACACUCAACACUGUUAGCAGCUACAACAAAUUCCAUAACAACUGUCUUAGAGAUGUGGCAAUGUUGACCAUCAGCGGAGAAGCCAGCAGUAUUUUCAGUGGAUUGGUUGUGUUCUCUACUCUAGGAUUCAUGGCUCACGAGGCUCAGAUCCCUAUGUCGGAUGUGGUGUCUUCAGGAGCGGGGCUUGGUUUUAUCAUCUACCCUGAAGCUAUAGCCAAACUGCCUGUGCCUCAACUGUGGUCUGUCCUGUUCUUCCUCACGCUGCUUUCUUUGGGGAUCGACACUUUGUUUGGAGCAAUGGAAACCAUCAUAGCCGGAAUAUCAGAAGCGUUCCCAAAGCAUCUUAUGAAGAGAAGAAUUCUUGUCACUGCAGGCGUUUGUCUGUGCAUUUUUCUGCUUUCUAUUCCUUACGCGACACAGGGCGGAGUCUAUCUGUUCCAACUGCUGGACUGGUAUGCCUCCUCCUUUAACGUUCUGUUUAUUGGAUGCCUGGAGUGCUUGGUCAUCAGCUGGAUCUAUGGUUCUAAACGGUUCACUCUUGACGUGGAAAUGAUGCUUGGGCGACGAACCCCGUUAGUGCUGAGCAUUAUGUUAUCCUACAUCACUCCUGUCAUUCUGUUUGCGGCCCUAAUCCUGUCUCUCUUCAUGUACGACCCGCCCAGCUACGGGGCAUACGUAUAUCCAGAUUACGCCAAAGUUGUUGGAAUCCUUAUGGCAGUUGUCAUGACUUUACCGAUACUGUUCAUGAUGAUCUACCAGAUCGUUAAGAGGGACGGGACCAUCAUACAGCGUCUCAAACUCGCAACUGUGCCUUCUCUUGCCUGGGGCCCUGCUCGGACCGAACACAGGAAACUGUAUCUGGAAAGAGAUCAUCAACAUGGGGUGCUUAUGGUGCCGGUGGCCAUGGACCCUGCGUGCCUGGAGUAGACCAAUCUAAUUUGGGUACAUAAUUUGUUCAGAGAAAAUGAUGGCAAGUCUCCAAACUAAACACUGAUCUUUUUUUCGGAGAACUGCAUGCUGUUGGUGACCUGGUACCGUUGCUGUAAUCUGUAGAUGGUUCUCACGUAGACUUUAAUAACAUUGGUAAUCAUUCGUGCAGUCUCGUCAGCAUUCAGUCGUCUUAAAGCAUGGUUUCUCUGAUUCUCAUGAAGUCAGGGUGUUUUUGUACCCCACCACCUUUGGUAUGGUUUUUUUCCAAACCGUAGGUGUAUAUUAACAUAUGAUUCACAAUAAUAACAUCUCUUGUUGUGAGAAGAUUAUUUACAUAAAUGCUUUCAUAGAAUCCCAGAGUUUAAUUCCGAUCAGUGCCACCAGAAUGAGUUGACAUUACGACCAUGGAUACGAAAUCCGAUUGGCAAAUCAGUGAAAAGAGUAUUGUCGUUCUGCCCCCGGAACUCCGUAGAGGAACAAGUACUAUCCAUAUGUUGGUCAGCGAGAUCUAACUGUUGAUAAUCAAAUUACACAUGACAAGUUAUCCUCACUAUAUGACCUCCAUUCUGUAGCAGACGCAUCGCAACCCGUCCGCACAAAGCUGGACGCACGGUGUCUGUGGGUAACCAGCUGGUAAUCGGGGGAUGUAGAUUUAGUAUUCUUAUGAAGAUGUCACCAUAAUAGCCUCAAGGAUGAGUUUGACAGUAGCCAAUUUGUCCUUAUGCGUGUCAUUAGUCACGUAAUCAACAUUCAGUUAUUGGAAACUCUUUAUGGUUUCAGGUAUUUCUCUCUAUAUAUAUAUGAACAGUGAAUAAAUGUUAACUCACGGGAAUUGGAUAUUAUAUGGAGAAUCUCGCCCAAGUGUCUUUUGAUAUCAAAUAUAUCUACACGAGUCAAUCAAAAGUUUAAAACUCCGAGGCUUGCCGAGGAGGUUUAAACUUUUAUCGACGCGUGUUGAUAUAUUUGAUAUCAAAAGACACAAAGGUGAGAUUCUGUUUAUCAUCAAACACCAUUCUUUAUGUUUUUCAGUUUGUAGACAGUAAUAAGCAGAGUCUUCAGUGUAAAAAGUACUGCUAACAGCCUCAGUAGC